AUGGAAAUAACAAUAAAUAUUCCAGAUAAUCUGGUAACCAAUUAUGUCGCAAUAAUUCUUUUAGUUUUCAGCCUAUUAUAUUUAAUGAUACAACUAAAAAAUGGGAACGAGACUAAAAAAUUAAAUGAUUGGCUAAUUAAAAAUAAAGAUUUAAUAAAAGAUAGAAUAGAUAAUGGAAAUAAUUAUGAUAGUAAACAAAAUAAUAAUAAUAAUAAUAAUUCAAAUAUCAGCAAUAAAAAUGAUGAUAAUAUGCUUUUUAAAAAUAAAAUUCAUAACAAUGACAAUGACCACGACGAUGAUAACAAAAAUAAUAAUAAUAAUAAUAAAAAUAAUAAAAAUAAUAAAAAUAAUUUUAAUGCAAGCGACACAAAUAGUUUAUUAAUUAAUAAUAUUAAUAAUAAAGAAAUUGAGCAAAGUUAUAACAAUAACAAUAAAAAUAAUAGCAAUAACAAUAACAAUAACAAUUACAAUAACAAUAAUAGUUCAGAAACCAUAGCAAUUCCAAUAAUAUCAUUAAAUAAUAGCAGUAAUAUUAAAAACCCAAAUAUAAAUAGUAGUGGAUCAUUUGAUAAAAGUAGUUUAAAGUUAUCACUUGAACAAAUAAACAAUAACAAUAGCACAAAUAGUUCAGAGGAUGAACAAGUUCCCGCUUCACCAGUUUCAAAUUCAUUCUUAUCACCAUUAAAUUUUACAACAGGAAAAAGAAAAUCCCAAAAGAAUCAGUUCUAUUACGUUUCAACUUAUUAUUCAAGUUGUGACUUACCCAAUAAAAUUAUGGAUCAAAAUGAUUUAGAUGACCCUUUAAUAAAUGAGGAAAUUAAAUCUAGCGAGCUUUUAAAUAAUGGUUUCAAAUAUAAAAUCGAAAAUAAUUUAAAUAGUAAAAAUAUUAAUAAUAAAAGUAAUGAUGAAAAAAUAAAUAAUGAUAAUAAAAAUGAUAAUAAUGUUAAUAUUAAUAAUAAUGACAAUAAUGAUACAGACAGCGAUAAUAACAGUACAAGCAAUAGUAAUAAAAGUAAUGAUGACGAACAUAAUCAAAGUAGUGGUGAUAACAAAAGCACAAGUGAUGAUAAUAUAGAUUUAAAUCAGAGUAUCAAUUUAUUAAGCUCAGCAAAUUUAAAUAAUAAUAGUAGUAAUCCAAUAAGCAAAUCGCUAAAUAAUUUUGGUAAAGAAGGUAUGGAGAAUACAUUGCUAUCACCAAAUGAAACUUGUAUUAAAAGAUUAAAAAAGAAGAAAUGUAUUUUACCACAAGUUUUACAAUUAAAAUGGAGAGUUAAACCAAAAAAAGUGUUAAUUAUAAAAAAAUACAAUGAUGAAACUAUUAACGAAUUAAUUCCAGGAUUGGUUAGUUGGUUAAGGGAUUUAGGUAUUACAAUCAUUAAAGAGAGUGAAGAUUCAUGUGAUGAUCCAUUAGCAGAGCCAUUAACUCAAGUUGAAGAUCCAUAUUCAAUCGAUUUUAUUAUUUCAAUGGGUGGUGAUGGAACUAUACUUCACACUUCAUCACUAUUCAAAACUUAUAUACCACCAAUUUUGUCUUUCAGUUUAGGUUCUUUAGGAUUUUUAACAGCAUUCGAUUAUUCACAUCAUAGAGAAUACAUUCAAUCAGUUAUCGAUGGUAAAUGCUUUGUAUCUUAUCGUCUUAGACUAUCAUGUACAGUGGUUAGCUCCGAAACUCAAGUUAAACAUCGUUAUCAAGUAUUAAAUGAAGUUACCAUUGAUAGAGGUACAAACCCAUAUCUUUCAAAUUUAGAGUGCUGCUGCGAUGGUAAAUUAAUCACAAUAGUUCAAGCAGAUGGCUUAAUUAUUGCAACUUCAACCGGUUCAACCGCUUAUUCCUUAUCAGCUGGUGGUUCUUUGGUUCAUCCAACCAUUCCUGCUAUACUUAUUACACCAAUUUGCCCUCAUACACUUUCCUUUAGACCUGUUAUUUUGCCAUCUACCUCUGAGUUGGUUAUUCGUGUACCUGAAACUAGCAGAUGUCCAGUUUGGGCCUCAUUCGAUGGUAAAAAUCGUCAAGAGUUAAAUAGAGGUGAUUUCGUUAUCAUUAAAACAUCAAGAUGGGCUGUACCAGUUGUUUGUAAAACCGAUGAAAGUAAUGAGUGGUUUGAAAAAUUGGCUCAAAAUUUAAAUUGGAAUGUCAGAAUGGUACAAAAAUCUUUUAAUCCACCAAAUACAUCAAGUAGUGAUAGUGAAGGUUCAAGCAAUGGCAGCACAAGUAGUUUAUCAACUUUAAAUAAAUAA